GUGAAUAGUUAUGACAAACAAAUCCAAUUGCCGCAAAUUUGGGGCAAACAUUUAGUUUUAUUAAGGGUUGCCUAUGUAUUCUUGUUAUUGUCCUAGCAAUAGAAUUUUAAUGUUGUGGUAGUCAGUGUUGCAUAUGAAACACAACCUGCAGCAGGUAACCAGUUAUUUGGGUCAUGACAUUUGACCUUGUGACUUGAAAACCAAUGGAUCAUUUACUUUUUAGUGGUUCUUGUAUACCGAGCUUUAUGUCUGCCUUGCACAGUGUUCACAACAUACUGAGCGACAAUAUUGUCUUAUAUCCUGAGUAGUUACACCCUUGACUUUUUACCUUGUGCUCUCCAGAUCAAUAAGACAUAUUUAAAUUACAUACUGUUUAUUAUGAGCCAGUAUACCAAGUUUGAUGUCUUUCAAGCAAAGGACUCUCAACAUAUUGAGCGGUACACUAUUUUUCUAUGUCGAAAGUAGAUUGUUCUUAAACCUUUGACCUUAUAAUCUCAAAAUCAAUCUGGGACAUCUACGUUUCGGGGGAGUCUACUUUGUUUUAUUGAGCGGACAACACCUGUUACCAACCUGCAUACCGACCGCAUAAAGUAUUUUCUCACAUUUUAAAAGCGAUAAUUUUCUUACAGGUUUCAAUGUUUUGAAAUUUAUGGUCAGUUUUUAAAUCGAAACAGGCUACUGACAAACAAGUUGGUGGUGCAGGGGUUCCAACAGUCUCAUUUAAAGUCAGCAUGUCGCAAAUUCUAUGGUCGUUUUAAUGAUAUACUUUGCCAAUACAACCUAUGAUUAGCUCGAAUGCUGUCUGACGUGUUUCAUACCGAUUGUUCGACCGUUCUUGACACACGGAUUUUGACUUUGGAUUACUCCGUUUACCUGUUCAAGAUAUAGGGCUCAUGUCGGGUGUGACUGGUCGACAGGGAAUGCUUACUCCUCCUAGGCACCUUAUCCCACCUCUGGUGUAUUCAUGAGUCCGUGUUUGUCCAUCUUUCUAUUUUGUAUUGGUUAUAAGAGUUAUGAAAUUGAUCAUCGUUCGUGAUCUUCACCUUUUUUCACAUAUUUUGUAGAUACGCUUUAAUUGUAAAGUCUAAAAUGUCUUGCAUUCAAUUAAACCGAUUCUUAGCUGUGUUUUGAGAAAACCAAGUGUCUGGCAUUUCAAGGUGCUGGCAUAACGUUCCACAGCAAGAUGAAUUUAGUUAAACUUCAGGGAAAGAAAUAUAUGACAUAGUCAUUUAUCUUAACCUAUCGUAGUCAAAGUUUGCGUUAAAGAAUCGAUAUUAGUCAAGGUUUUCAUUGAUGUUAACACGAGAGGCCUUCAUUAACGUGCGUUUUGCUUUUUAAAAAUGGGAAUGAUACAUUUAACUCUCUUCCAAUCGUACUGGUGGGAUUGUUAAACUUGAAAUUAUCUAAUGCAAUGUGAAAUAAAUAUUGUGCAUUGAGUUAUCUUGGAAUCUUGAUAUCUUGUAUAGCGUAAACUGGCCUUAAUAUAUUUUUCAUAAAACGCAAAUAUUCACGUUUGAUAGAUUACUUUAAAAUACCAAAUUUCAAAAUCGCUGGCAAUAAGAAUUAAAACGUUUUGGACAUACCGGUUGAUAUAUUCAAGUUUCAUGAUAUCAACACGGAAGUAGUUUGAUUGACGGACGUACGUAAAGGUAUUAUAAUGUUAUCAUUGUUCGAGGGUUUAUUUUGACGACGUGCCCAUCAGUGAUACUAUAUCGUGUAUAUCAAAACUUCAACUUUCAAACCAAACAUAAAUGUAAAGAUGUCAAACCACACAGCAGCCGAGUAUCAGAUCUGCAAUAUGACUACCAUUGAGGCUUCCUGGGUGCCCACAGCUCUGGAAUUCCUCUUCGGUAUAUGUAGUAAUGCCGCGGCAAUGCUCUUAAUCUGGCUAAAUAGAAGAGAACACAAAUGGUCAUCUUUCUACAAGAUGUUUACAGCUCUGGUCAUCACUGAUUUUAUGGGGGUUCUCUUCACAUUUCCUUUCGCUCUCAAGCGGUACAGCUCUGGAUUCGACUACUGUUUUUCCAUCCAUCAAUGCGAGUUUAUAUCCUUUGCCAUGGUGGAUGCUCAUUUAGCCGCUGCCUUGUUAAUCUGUGCGAUGUCUGUCGACAGACUGAUUGUUCUUACAAUACCAAGGUUUCUGCGGAAUCCAAUUGCUGGAAAAAGAUACACACUCGUGGUAAUAUUGAUAUGGUUGAUCUCCUCCGUCGUCGCCAUGUUACAACUAGUUGGUGUCGGAUCAGCUCAAUUGUACUAUCCUGGGUCCUGGUGUUACUUCGAUUUCAUAGAUAUAGAACAUAAUGCCGGUGACUUCUUCAUGUCCUAUUUUUAUUCGAUUACUGGAUUACUAAUAGUAUUAAUUACUUUAAUAGCAAACACCUGUACAAUGUGUAAAAUCUGUCUGGACCCCCAUGCCAGAGGAACACUUUUGGAUUCUAGUCUAGUGUCGGGAUAUUACGACUACCACGUCAUGAUUUUCAUCAUUGCAGUCACAGUGUGUUUUGUGGCUACAUGUACCCCAUUCUACAUUGAUAUAUUUCUACAUGCUGUAAGAAUUAGAAACGAAAACGAUUCUCAUGAGAUGUGGUUUGAACGACUGACUUUCCUGAAUGCCAUCAUCGACCCAUGGCUGUACAUUGUUCUCCGUAAGGAGUCAAUCAGAAAACUAGUCGCAUUUUUCAGAACCUUUCGAAGACGAAAACCACCCGAGAAUGUAUCGUUGCUUCUGUGAAACAAAUAAGGAUAUUGCAAUUGUAUCAAUCUUCUUCAUUAUCUAAACAUAAAAAAAAAUUCAGUUUGCCGAUUUGAUCUUAACAAAACCUUCAAUACUUGUCAAAAUCAGUAUGUAAAUAAUACAUGAAAAUUAUUCAAAAGAAAUUAUUCGCACCUUCGUGUUAGAUAAUCUUUAUUCAUGUACUUUAUAAUAAUUGAAAGCAAUUUAUUAAAGCCAGAUAUUGAUAAACACUGGACGGAACGCUUUUUUUUUUUUAUUAAAGCCAGAUAUUGAUAAACACUGGACGGAACGCUUUUUUUUUUUAUUAAAGCCAAAUAUUGAUAAACACUGGACGGAACGCUUUUUUAUUAAAGCCAAAUAUUGAUAAACACUGGACGGAACGGUUUUUUAUUAAAGCCAAAUAUUGAUAAACACUGGACGGAACGCUUUUUUUUAUAUUAAAGCCAGAUAUUGAUAAACACUGGACGGAACGCUUUUUUUAUAUUAAAGUCAGAUAUUGAUAAACACUGGACGGAACGCUUUUUUUGCAUACCCAACUUAUUGUGGAAGGUAAUUUAUUGGAUGAAAAUUUCAAAGAUGUCAGACAAAGAAAGAGCUGAAUUUAAGUGCAUAUUGUUAAAUGAAUGGAUGAGUCAUAAUUUAAAUGUGAGAUAAUUCCUAUUUACAAAAAUGUUUUGAAAAUUAUGGUGAAAUUGAACAUAUCAUAUUGUCAUAUAUAGUCAUUUAUUUAAACAUUAAUAAAAUGAAACAUCCUUUUAUGUUAUUUGUUCUUAAUAGCUACAAAACAUACACACCGGUUAGAGCGUUGGUUUAUCAUAUAUCCCAGGUAAAGUGUUCGAUUAUUACAUGUAUUUAUACACCGGUUAAAGCGCUG